AUGGGUCAACCCGGCGAACUUGGCCGAGUGCCAUCGUCUCCCCCAUCGAGACGAUGGGGCCUGUAUCUCCUCCCCGCAGUGGUGAUCUUUCUGUGGAGUCAAUUCACCUUCUUCCCUCGACUGCAAUCGUCGGAUCACCCGGCAACCCAGAAACUGUCGCAGCACCGCUUAGCACAACUGGAAGAUCAUCUCCAAGCGUGUUCGCAAUUGCACCGCCCGCCUAUUGAAUACGAGCAGCCACCCGUGGCGACGCGCGAGAAUCCCCGCUGGAACGCGAAGACCGGGCAGAGCCAAGCGAUUCUCCUCCGCAACGCGACCCUCUUCGACGGCGAGCGCACCCUCGACCAUCCCGUAGACAUCACUUUCACGAAAGGCGUCAUCACACACAUCACUCCCACUGCGCACGACAACUCCAUCUCCGAGCCUCAGGAUGCUCUCGUCUUCGACCUGGACGGCCGCUUCGUCACCCCGGGACUGGUGGACAUGCAUUCGCACCACAUCGCAGGCUCCAGCCCCGACGUCCACGCGGUGGAAGAUGUCAACGAGAUGCACCCGGACUUCGGUCCGCUGACCCCCUACGUGACCGCCCUGGAUGCCCUCAAAGCCUACGAUAUUGUCUCCGCCAUCGUCGCCUCGGGGGGCGUCACCGCCUCGCUCAUCCUCCCCGGCUCCGCUAACAUCAUGGGCGGCGAGGCGGUGCCCGUCAAGAAUCUCCGGCGGGACGAAUCAGGAGAAGAGCUCGUGGAGGAGCUUCUCCUUGAGCACGGGGUCCCCAAGGAAGAGCGCCGGCGGUACAUGAAGAUGGCGUGCGGCGAGAAUCCCAAGAAUGUGUACGGCCACACGCGCAUGGGCAACUCGUUCCUCUUCCGCCAGCAGAUGGACCGUGCGCGCCAGCUCCGGCAGAAGCAGGACGAUUGGUGUCUGGCUGCGGCUGCCGCGUACGAAACGGGGGAUGAGAAGGCCAUCGCGGAGCUGGUGCGUGGUGGAGGCCUCCCGACGGAUAUCUCGCUGGAGUCGUCGGUCGCCAUGCUGCGCGGCCAGGUGGGGAUCAAUAUUCACUGUUACGAGAGCGAGGAUAUCGAAGCUAUGCUGCGCCACAGCGAGGAGUUUGGGUUUCGCAUCCAAGCGUUCCAUCAUGCCUUGGAGGCGUGGAGGGUUCCGGACACGAUCAAGAAUUCUGGCCAGAACAUCACCGUCGCCACGUUUUCGCACUUUGCGCACUACAAGCAUGAAGCGUACGAUGCUACGCUCUACGCGGGGAAUAUUCUGGCUGAACAUGGCGUGCCGGUGGCGUAUAAGUCGGACGGCUCCAACGAGUUCCUCAACGCAAAAUACCUCCUUUCCCAGGCUGCAGAGGCGCACUCCUUCGGCCUCGCGGAAGCCCUGGCGCUGCAGUCUGUGACGAGCAUCCCGGCGCGAUCCCUGGAAUUGGCCCACCGCAUCGGAUAUGCCCAGCCAGGCUACGACGCAGACCUCGUCAUCUGGGACUCGCACCCCCUGGCCAACGGGGCCACGCCUUUGCAGGUCUACAUUGAUGGACGCGCCACCCUCAGCACGACUGUCCUGUCCACAUCCUCUCAGACCCCAACACCCCCACCCACCCGUCCAGUUCCACUCACCAGUGACAAGACCGCCAUCUGCGACAGCGCCUCCGCCCCGGACGCCACGGUCAUCAUCACCGGCAUCACGAAGACCCUACUCCCAGGCCUCCGCCCGCAGACCAACACCGACAAUCUAACUCUGGUCCUCUCCGCCGGCCGCAUCACCUGCCUCGGCGCCGAGACCGACUGCCGGGCCUCCGCCGGCUCCGCGACGCCCAUCCACCUGCACGACGGCCACCUCCUGCCCGGCCUGACCGCCGUCACCGCCGGCCUGGGCCUGCAGGACAUCGUGAUGGAGCCCUCGACCGGCGACGGCAUCGUGCCUGCCACAACCACCGACCUAAUCUACGCGAAGCACGGCCUCCACCCCACGGGCAGCAAGGACCUGCAACGCGCAAAACUCGGCGGCAUCACCACCGCCAUCACCGCCCCGCUGGCUCCUUCCGAGGGGCCCAUCUUCCUCCGUGGAGUCUCCGUGGCCUUCCAAGUCAGCAGCACCAGCUCGGACAGCAACACCACCACCACCACCCUCCUCGACCGCGCAAUCCUCACCCCAGACGUCGCCCUCCACAUCCACGUCGGCGAGGCCGGCAAGACGGCGAACACACCCACCAUCUCCGCCCAGAUCGGCCUUCUCCGACGCAUCCUGGCCCACGAAUCCCUGCACCAACUCGACGAAACCCUCCACGAACAGAUAACCAACGGCACUCUCCCUCUGGUCAUCCACACCCGCAACCACCACGACAUCCUGCAUCUGAUCCACCUGAAACGCGACUUCCCAGCCGUAGACCUCAUCCUGUUCGGCGCCACGGAGGCGCCCCUCGUCGCGCGCGAGCUCGCCGCCGCGCGCAUCCCCGUGCUGUUCACGGGCCUCCGUCCGAACCCGGACACCUGGGAGGUGAAAGACGCGGUGGUGGGGCCGCCGCUGACGGCGCCGGGGUUGCAGACGCUCCUCGCGGCGGGGGUAAAGGUGGGGUUGGCGCAGGCGGCGUGGAGUGACUCGGGGAUUCAUAAUCUGGGGACGGAUGCGGGGUUUGCGGCGCGGGUGGUGGAGGGGUUGAGUGAGGAGAAGGCGGUGGGGCUGGUGAGUUGGGAGGUAGAGGACAUCUUGCAUCUGAGGAAGGGGGACAAGGAGCAGGAGGAGGGUCAUGGAGGGGAUUUUGUGGUGUAUGAGGGGAAUCCGUUGGAGUGGGGGGCGAGUGUGGUGUUGACUGUGGAUCAGGCGGCGAGGUCGGUGGUGGAGUGUUGGCCGGAGGCGUCUUAGGUAUUUCUAUGGUAUUCCAGGCAAAGAUGGUCUGUUGCAGCAGAGAAUAGCAGAUUGAAUAGUAGUGAGCUGCAUUAAUGGAUGUGUACAGUAACUUGCAUCGGCGACCGUCUACUGUCCUAUGCCGAGAUGACCAUCCUGUGAUGAGCGAGAGACUGAGAAGAUCCGUGUCUCCUAUACCACAGCAGAUACAAGUUACAUGAUACACCGAAUCAAAAUC